AUGCCUUUCGACCAGCUGCCGCACCUCUCGCCAGAGCCAUUGCACCCCAAGAAGAUCUCCACCACCAGCAAGUUCAAAGAGAGGCAGGCUGCGCUUGACCCCGCACCUCAAGUGGCGACGCUCUUCGACGUCCACCCGCUGCUGGAAUUCGCUCGCACGCACUUCAACCUCACGGCGCCGAGAGCUUCUCCUUUCCACAAACCGGUCGAGUUCGACCUCACCAAGCGCCUGGAAUGGGAUAAGAAGGUCAUCUCGACCCCGUUGACGCGCCUCCCGAAGGACCAGGCUGCUAUCGCAGUGCAGGCGUUCCGCAAUGUCUCGGGCUUCAUGGGGAACCGAGCAAGCGGCAAGAACCAGAUCGAUCACUGCUUCAAGUUACUGCGCAACGUCGUUCCCCGAUCGCCCGCACUUAAGGACGAAAUCUACUGCCAACUCUGCAAGCAGCUCACUCGAAACCCCAGCUCGAACGCAGUUAUGAACGGGUGGUUGCUGUUGAACGCAUGCCUCGUAACUUUCCCGCCAUCCGCGCCGUUGGCUGAAAGUCUCGAGAGGUUCAUCAGUGUGCACAUCGGUGCUGGAGGCGACUCGGAGGCUAGCUCGGAAGUGUCGGCGUAUGCGCUGGAAGCACUGACGUCGCUACGAUGCUGCGCCACGAAAGGCGAGCGCAAGGAAAUCCCCAGUGCCGCUGAGCUGCGAGCGCUGCAACGGCACGCUCUUAACGACAUCACUGUCAUGCUUGCCGAUGGUUCGGUUCUGGCCAUGCAGGUCAGCGCUUGGACGACAAGUCGCGAUCUGGCUGGACUCGUGGCGCGCAAGUUAGGCGUGUGCCACGAAAAGGCCUUCGCGCUUUUCGAGACGAAUGACGAGGGGGAGGAACACCUCGUGCCCGACAAUGAGCGUGUCAUGGAUUUGUACGCGGAGUGGGAACGCACUCACGUCGAUGUGAACGACCUCAAGCAGAAGAAAAAGAGGAAGACAACAAAAAGUGAAAACCCGACUGGGGAGACGAAAGCGCCGGAGGUUGAAGGGUAUCACCUCACGUACAAGGCAUACUUGUGGGUGCACGUCGACGACGAAACUGCAGCAGACGUCGGUCUGUACUACCUGCAAGCCGUCCACAACGUGCUCAGUGGGCGAUAUGUCUGCGAUAUCACCGUUGCUGUCGAGCUGGCUGGGUAUCAAUUGUACUGCAAGCUUGGCAACGACGCAACUCCAGAGCUGGCGAAUCUCACGAACGAGAUCAAUGAAUACAUCCCCGGUCCGCUUCUCAGUUCGACCAAUCGAUCAGCAGUGGCGGAGCAAGUGCUAUCUAGCUACAAGUCGUUCAUGAACAGUUGGUGCGUGCAGUCUACACAACAGGCUCGGCUGGCUUACUUGAGGCUGUGUAAGCGCCAACCGUUCUACGGGUUGACGCUUUUUCACGUUCGAAACUAUCGCCAACUCGCAGUGCUGCCAUCGCGUGUCAUCCUGGCUAUCAACGACAUGGGGGUCAGUGUCCUAGGCGCCGACAGUGACGAAGUGUUGGCGAUGUUCCCGUAUGCUGACAUUGCCAGUUGGGGAUACAGCGCAAACUCGUUCGUCUUCGUUGUGAUACGCGGCACCGAAGAGACAGAGUACUCGUUCAAGACUACCCAGCAGGGCAAGAGCAUUAACGACAACGUGGCCGCUUACGUCAACUACAUUAUUUCAUUAACCACUUUCGAAAGCGAGUAA